GCAUUAGUACAUGGAUCUUUUGAAAGUUGAAACAACGUUGCGGAGGAGAGAGGCGUCUAGACUUAAGGGAAGGAGUGGCUGGCGCCAGUCAACAAUAUCACCGUCUGACCUGCUUCUAAAAUUGUGAGACGAUAUGUUUUUUCUAAUUGGCCCUUAGCGGCUUUAGUAAAUAAGCAACUAUGGAAAUUUAUCGUCGCUGAUCGAAAAGAAGUUAUUAAAUUUAUAAGAACUUUUAAUAAGUUAUGUGUUAAAACUUCAACGUGCUCCAAUAUUUAUAAAUUUUGCAUUAAAAAUGUUAUCCAAUAAACGUUUGGUAGCUUCAUGUGCAUUAGUUUUGUGUUUGAAUAUUACCUUGUUAGUACUCUUUGCAAAGUAUAAUGUUGGAGACAAAUGCUACAUAACAAUAAACGAGCAUCAGAAAGUGCUGGCGGUAUUGCCUGACAACUUUUUAAGUUUUGGCAUUGAUGCAUCUGAAAUACAGGAUUAUGAUAAGGUUGAUUUUACAAGUAUUCGAUUAAGAGAAUUAGCUUCGGCUCUUGGCCCAGCAAGAUUACGUUUGGGAGGUACAAUGUCUGAUAGAUUAAUUUUCAGUGCUGAAGACUUACCUUCAGUCUCGUGUGAUCACUGUCUGGCAUCAAGUCACAAUGAAACAGCCUGUGUUGCUCUUAAAAAAUUAUGUAAGAAUAAGUUUUUGCCAUUCUUUCUAAUGACCGGCCGUAAAUGGACAGAAAUAAAUGAAUUUUGUCAAGCAACAAACACAAAGUUAUUAUUUACAUUAAAUUUACUGCUUCGCGAUAGUCAUGAAUGGAAUUCUCAAAAUGCUGUUGAAUUGAUAAAAUAUUCUAAACAGAAGAAGUUUGAUAUUGACUGGCAACUUGGAAAUGAGCCUAACUCUUUCAGACAUGUAUUCAAUUUGACUGUUACCCCUCAAGAAUUAGCUCAUGACUUCAAAAAGCUUCGGAAUCUCCUAAAUCAUCAUGGAUAUAAAAAAUCAUUAUUAGUAGGGCCUGACACCACUAGGCCCCAAGAUCAUCAACCAAACUGUCUGAAAUAUAUGGUGGAAUUCCUAGGCAAUGGUUCACAUUUUGUAAAUGCUAGAUCAUGGCAUCAGUACUACCUGAAUAGUAGAACUGCUAAGUUACAAGAUUUUUGGAAUCCUGAAACAUUUGACUUGCUUAAAGAACAAAUCGAAACUAUGCAAAAUCACACCAAGAAAUAUCACAAUAUACCCAUGUGGCUCAGUGAAACUAGUACUUCUUAUGGCGGUGGGGCCCCUGGUUUGUCCAACACAUAUGCUGGUACUCCUCUAUGGGUAGAUAAGCUGGGCCUGUCUGCUAAAUAUAACAUUUCCACUGUCAUAAGGCAAAGCUUUUAUGGAGGAAACUACAGCCUUGUAAAUGAAGAACUCGAACCUCUUCCUGAUUGGUGGGUGAGUGUGUUAUAUAAGAAGUUAGUGGGCAAUAAAGUUCUUCAUUUGAUGUGUAAGUGUUCUCCACAUCAGAGAGUUUAUGUUCAUUGUGCUAAUAAGAAUUAUACAAAUGAUUCAAGUGCAAUAACAGUUUAUGCCAUUAAUUUAGAAAUGGAAAAAGUCCAAUUUCUUCUCAAUGGCACUGCCUUACAUGGUGAUAAUAUAAUAAUUGAUGAAUUCAUAAUAAGUGCUCCUUCAAAUAACAGGCGAACAAAAACCAUACUUUUAAAUGGCUGGCCACUGCAUUAUGAGUCAGCUAGUCUUGACCUGCAACCCAAUCACAAGAAAUAUAAUAACCGUAUAUCUAUGCCGCCAUAUUCCAUAGGAUUUUGGGUUAUUAAAAAUACGUCAAUUAAAAUAUGUAAAUGAAUUUACUUCUAAUGUUGACUGAAAAUAUUUUACACAAAUAUUUAAAAUACUAAGCAUUAAAAUCUAUUAUCUAUACAUUUGCAUUCCUAUAAUAAUCCAUCAUUGCAUUCAACUUAUUUAAUGUAUACACAUAUAGUAUAUUGUGAAUGCCAAGAACAAAUAUUUAAAAAUUUUACACUUGUAUUAUUUUUGUAUAUUAUUUCUUUACGGGUAAAAUAUAUUUCUCACUAAAAUUUAGUCAGUAAUUUUAUAAGAACUUGUCAUUUAGCCUUGUAUUGCAUUCAAGGAGUUGACACAACUGUAUUGAACUAUACACAGACCCUUGAUGAUAAAUAAGCACCAAUAAAAGAAUCUACUCAGGUUCCAGUUGCAUUCAAUUGAUCUUUACAAUGUAGAAUUGUUUAUUUUUAUAUUUUAUGUUAGGAAAACUAAUCAUUUAUGAGAUCUGUGUCCUGUAAGAUUGACUUUGUAUACAGUUAGAACUGUUUAAAUUGUAACCAAUUACCAUAGAUAAAAAAUUAUAGUGCAAUUUAAAUGGCAAAUAAUUCAAAACUUUGUCCAUAAACUUGUCCGCAUACUUUUAAUUGCCUUGUCAUAAUAGAUUAUAAGAAUAUUACAUAUAUACUUUUCAUAAAACAAUCAACACAAGUUUAAUUAUGUAUAAGACUUAUUUUUCACAUAAUUAUAUUUGUAGAAUAAAUAUAUAGUUUAAAUAUAUGUAAGUGCCAAAAUAAACACAAUGUAAGAAUUCUGCUACUUAAAUGCUUUACCUUUGUAUCUAUUCAACAAAUGCUUUUAUAUUUAUAUAAUACAAAAUAUCUUUAUGUUAUUAUAUAAUCUUACAUGCUGUUGUGAAUUGGUGCCUAAAUUUAAGACUGACUAGUUUUACAGAAUUAUUUGUUUCUCAUAUGACAUGCUGAAUAUUUGCAUACUAAUGAUUGUUGAUAUAGUAAAUGAUGUACAUACCAGUGAAACGCAGAUUACAAAGUGACUUAAAAAUUAUUUUAAGAUGUUUAAUCUGUAAUAUUUGAGCAGAUUAUAGAAAUAAUCUAGGCAACAUUCACUAUUAAAGAUAUUGUCAUAUUAUUGUCAAAAAAUGAGAUAGACCACACUUUCAAGGCUUAAUUACUGUGUAUUAAAUGUGCCUUUUUAUAAAGUUCUAUUAUAAUGCUAUUUUAUAUAAGGAUAGUUUUGUUAUACCAUUUUGUGAAUCCGAAACUAAUUCUAUUUAUAUGCUUAAAAUGUGCCACGAAUUUUAUACAGCUGUCAAAAUAUUUACUUUUUGUAAUUGUACUUGUUAGCUUAUCACAACUUGUCGAAUGUUAAGUAAUAAAAAAACAAGCAAAUGUU